UAGGUUGAAGACAGCAGUAAUGCUAACUCUGGCAAGCAAGCUGAAGCGGGAUGAUGGUGUCAGAGGACCCCGUGCAUCCAAUCCAGCUUCUGAUUCAACUCGGAGGGUGUCUGUUCGAGAUAAAUUACUUGUUAAAGAGGUUGCAGAACUUGAAGCUAAUUUACCUUGUACAUGUAAAGUGAAUUUUCCUGACCCAAACAAGCUUCAUUACUUUCAGCUAACUGUAAUCCCAGAUGAGGGCUAUUACCAAGGUGGAAAGUUUCAGUUUGAAAUUGAAGUUCCUGAUGCCUACAAUAUGGUGCCUCCAAAGGUAAAAUGCUUGACAAGAAUCUGGCAUCCGAACAUUACAGAGACAGGAGAAAUCUGCCUAAGUUUAUUGAGAGAACAUUCAAUUGAUGGCACUGGCUGGGCUCCAACUAGAACAUUAAAGGAUGUUGUCUGGGGGUUAAACUCUUUAUUUACUGACCUUUUGAAUUUUGACGAUCCUUUGAAUAUUGAGGCUGCAGAGCAUCAUUUGCGUGACAAGGAGGACUUUCGGAAUAAAGUUGAAGAUUACAUUAAGCGCUAUGCGAGAUGAUGAAGGGAGAUGAAUGGCAGAACCAUGGCUUCCAUACUAGAGUUGUCCUUAACUUCAACAACAACAAACAACAACAACAACAAAACCAGCCCGGAUUGUACUAGUCCUGUGUCCAUGUUGUACUGAAGAAGAAAACUAACUUCAUAACUUGUCCAUGUUAAAAGGAGAGUUGAGCAUAAAUACAGCAAGAAAUUGUGUAUGUUGGUUGAAAAAGUUGUUUGCUUACUUUUAAAAAAAUGUUUACUCUUCUGAACUGUACUGUAUAUCCUGUUGAUGAGAUAUGCUUGAGAAGUUAAAAGAAAUCACUAUUGAAAUUGUAAUUACACUUUUUUUAAACUCUUGCUUAGUUUGGAGGGGGGAAUGAAGAAAAAAAAAAAAAAAAAAAAAAAAAAAAAAAAAAAGGAAGAAACCAGAAAAGGUGGUGUGUUUUUUGGAACACUUCAAGUUGGCAAUAAAAUGGUCUCCUGUGAACCAAAUCAUAAUACUGUUGCCUUUGAUGAGCAGAAACAAUAGGAGCCUUUUCCAAGAGUCCUUCAGCUGAGGCUUAGAGCUUGCCAGAAUGCAAGCACGAAAUGGAAUUCUACUUCUGAUAUUGCAAUUCUUGAUUAUAUUUAAUGUAAGUAUGUUUUUUUGUCACACGUUUGGAAUUUUUACAUUGUUAUUUUCAGCUCUGGUUUGGGCGACAGUAUUUUUUUUUGUUUCUAUUCAUUGUGUGAAGUAGUUAAAAGAAAUAUAGGCUAACCUGUAACUUAAUUAAAUGUGUAGUAUUAGUAAAAUUAUAUAUAUAUAUAAUAUAUAUUAUAUAUUUCUGUGAAAAUUUAAUGAAAGGGAGAUUUUUUUUUUUAAAAAGAAAUCUGCCUUUGGCUUUCUGAUCUGGAUGUGGUGAGGGAGCAUCAGAUGCUGUUUGAUCUGAUGAAAAUAAAUUCAAGCACCAUAAAUUACCUGGAGAACACCUAAUUGUGUUCUCCACAAUUCUGCACUGAGAGGGAGCGACUAAUAACGCAGCUGAGAGUAAAAAUGUGCUGCCCCCUCCUUGAAACACCCAACAGGCACCUGGUUUUUUGCUGAUUUGAAAGGGUGGGAUGCUAUAAAUGGCCUUUUCUGUAAGUAGCUGUGUAUCCAACGCAGAGAUCCUUCAGGAGAGAGGGGUGUGUACCCCAGGAAUCACUGCAGAGGAAACCCCCUGAGGAGCACCCCGGGGGGACGUUGGCGCAGCCUCGGAGACCACAAGGUGUUUUGGUGGUGGAAAUCCCGUGAGAGGAGGUACAAUGGAACACAUUGAAGCUUUUAUAAAUAGAUAAACCAUAGAAAUAAACGUUCGUGUGGUUUCAUAUGGA